UCAGAUUCCCGUAUAGCAAUAAAGACAGUGCGAGGCGGCACGAUAGACAGACAGGGAGGAUAAUUUCAGAAUAAAACAUAGUGUUGUAAAAAAAGGGAAAGUGUCACAGAUUCAUGUAUUAGGAGGUGCUUGACAGCAUCCCUGGAUCCGAUAGUCCGAGAAGCCUUGAGCUACUCUCAAGAUGAUCAGUGAUAAAUACUUGGUGGAGUAUAAAUUAGAUCCAGAAGAUCCUCAUUUGCAAGAACCAGAAACUACGCUCCUGCAAUCCACUGUCGACAUACCACCCAAAACUGAUCCCCGAGAUCCACAUGGGAUCAACCAACAUCUAAAGCUGGAAUUCUCCGACAUCCUUGCAGAACCUUCCUCAUUCCGCACCUUUGAUCGGAUUUGGACUUGGAGUGACAUCACCUUUGAGAGCUCCCGCCUUUGGUGCUACCGUAUUAUCUCACUGCUCUGUGCUGUGCCAGUCUCUUUAUGCUCAGGUUUUCUCUUUGCCUGCCUGGGCUGCCUCCAUAUCUGGUGUGUGAUGCCUUGCAUCCAGCUGUGUACAAUGGCCAUGCCUCCAGUUCGUACCCUCUGGGCUAGCAUCCUGGAUGUUUUGAUAGCCCCUCUUUUCACUAGCCUGGGACGCUGCUGCAGUGCCAUCUACCUUACAGUAACUCAAAAGUGAUACAGGGAUAUUCUUCCAUCAAGAUCCAUACUGCACUGACUCCUCAUUAUACAACCCACUGAAUACAUUCAAUUUCCAGAAGGACUGACCAAGGGACUUUUUUAACCAAUAUGGGACUUGAGUGGUGGUGGGGAAUGACAGGGAAAAAGAAUGGAAAGGGAGUCCUUUGGAGAAUCAAUGGCAGGGUAGACUCCCAAAUGCUUCUUUCCCCCUUUUCUUCUCCAAACCCCUCUCCUUUGCCCAAAUUUGCAAACAGGGCUUCAGAAUGAUGCUUUCUCUACUCUUUCCAUUUGGAGACUAAAAUAGGAAAGUCCUUUCCCCAAGCCCCCAUGCAUGUCCUUUUGUAAGGCAGAAGUAGGCUAUGUAAUUCCUAUGGCAUAAAAAAUCUUUGUAUACCUGGGAAGUUCUCCCUUAGCAAUCACCUUAUUUUGUCAACAUCCCCCCCCCCAUUUUUCUAAUUCAAAAAAAAGUCCAAUGGAAAGUGGGCAAAGCAAAGCACCCCCCUUAGCAUUGUCUUUAUUCCUCCAGGACUCACACAGGCAUUGUGAGAAAGUAAAUAUAGUGAGUGCUUUCAGGCCAUAGCUUUCUUUGAAGUAUGCCCCUUCUCUUCCCCCCCCCCCACCCCCCAAAAGGCAAAAGCCAACAGGUAUGGUAAUCAAUAUUUUAUGAAGCUAGAGAAGGUGAUUAGGAAAUAGCUUCCCCAGUUUGCUCUCUGAUAAAAUGGUAUUUUGUGGCCAGCCAAAGCCUUCUCUGCUCCAAGUUCCACCAUUUCUCAGAGUGUCCAGAAGAUUCCUUCUAAAUUCUCCCAAGAUUUGACCUGUAUCCAAUCCUCAAUUCUUAUCCCUCAGUGACUCUCCAAUCCAUGUCACACAUAUCCACAUUAGGAAAAGAUCAGGAUAGCAGAUAGGCAAUGGCACUCCAACUAGGCCAUUCCGAAUCUAAUGUCCUCUUACCAGUUGUCAUCCCACCAUUCCGGAGGCCAUCGGGUGGGAUAAAUUCCACUAAUGUGACAUAUUGUAGGAGUGGGGUUUGCAAAGGAAAUGCUUCCAAACCCACAAUGCCUCUGACAGAACAAAUUGCCAUGGAGAGAUGAUUCACUUCAGCCCCUCUCCUAUUCGAAAUAACUGGAAUUAAUAUGUUAAAUCUCCACCCCUGUAGAGUGAACAACAAUAAACUAUUGCUUAGUUUC